GACGGGCGUUCCUUCCCGGCGGGUUCUGUUGGCCUCGGAGAGCCAGCUUCGGCUGCAGCCAAGAUCGAACAAUCCAGGCUCUGCCCUGAAUUGGACAGCUUUCGGCGCCAGCUUUGGGGAGAAAGUUCCUUCACAAUGCCGAAAGCAUUGGAAGAGUUGCUGGGCGUCGCGGUUCUCGCAGGGCCUGGAACGUCAGAGGCCUUGGCGGCCUGCUCGCAGCCACCGCCGGCGAAGCCUAGGAACGCCUUCGAGCCCGAAGCUGCGGAAAUGCCCGACUUUGGUCCGCCAGAUGAGGAUGUUUGCAGUGCCGUAGAAUCGAGCACGGCACCAUCUUCCGAGUCUCGGAAGGGUCCCACCGGCCACGCCAAUGUGGGUGGCGAGUCCUUGGUACCUCUGGGAGACAUGCAGGCAUCGCAGGUGUUGGCUGCGCCAGGCGGCUCCACAAGCAAAGCUGAUGUUGUGGCUUUCGACGAGCUCUUUCAGAAGUUCUGCGGUGCAGGUGGCUCGAAUCAGUUCGCCUACUUCGAGGAGUGUUGGUCCAAGCCGGGCCGUGGCAAAGGUGGCAAGGCCAGCAGUGCUUUAGCCGACGCGCACGAGGGGGCCCUUGCAGCAGUGCCCGAAAAGGAGGGCAGAGAGGCCAAGGAGAGGCAGCCGAAGAGGCCUCUCUUCGAUCUGGCCAACUUGGAUAAGCCGCCGAAGCCCAUUGAGACAGAGCCCGUCGCGAAGCAUCAGCUCAACGAAAGGGCCACGCAGUGGCAGCUGCGAAAGGACGUGCCUCCGUACAUGAUCGAUCGAAUCACCAUGCCGAGUUGGCAGACCUGGUCCAAAGUGGAUUUUGCAUGCUUGGGCCUGCGUCCUCAUCUCAUGCUGAAGCUGGUCAAGAAGCCACCUCCUUCGGGCGAGGGCCCACACGGCUUCUCCGACCUCUUCUCAACCGUGGUCGUGGAGAAUACGGAGGAUGGGGAGGAGGGAUUUACAGCUGACGCAGCGGCGGAGGAUGCCGCCGACGACUUCGAUGGCAGUGGCCUUCCUGCGCACUUGGAUGUCGAUCCCCAGGAGCUGGCAAUUGUGGAGCUUUUCCUGGGACCCAACGACAAGGUGCUGCCUGGCGGUGAUGGUGACAACCUGGGUGAUGUUGGCUUCCUGCCCGCAUCGAUGCAGGUCCUCCUCCGCUCCCGUCCGUGGCCCAUGCGACGUAGCGAGUCCACAGAACGUUUGUUCGAUUUUUCGUCAACCAGUCGAAUCGAUUGUAUGGAAGAUGUGGCCGGCUCCUUCAUGGACGGCGGAUUGGAUUUCGAGCUAGCAGAGAAGCCUACCUCUGCCGAAAGCAUUGACAUUGCCUACAGUCGAAACUCCAAGUUCGUCGAUGUGAAGCUGGUCAAGAAGCAUCUUUGGGGCUGCCUGGAAAAGGGAAAGACGGAUGCCGAACGCCUGGCUAACGACAGCUUUCAGGACCUUAUCUCCCGAACG